AUGUCCAAGGACCCUGAGCUCGCAAAGGACGACCUUGAAGUCACUAGUUCCCUUUCAUCAUCCAGGAACUAUGCCGCUCCUAUCCAAGGUUCGAACCAUGAACUGAACUUCGAGCACGAAAAAGCACUAUGCUGGAAAUUCGACUUGCGGAUUCUACCCAUGCUGGCCCUCAUGUACCUCUUCAACGCGCUCGACAAGGGUAAUCUAGGCAACGCGAAAACAGAUGGCAUGGACAAAGAUCUUGGGUUCAAGGGGAAUCAGUACAACACCAUGCUGUCCAUCUUCUACGUUCCCUACGUCAUUUUUGCGCCGCCGAUUGGCAUGCUGGGAAAGAAAUAUGGACCGAAUCGCGUGUUGCCCAUCAUGAUGUUCUGUUUUGGGAGUUUUACACUGUUGGCAUCGUGUGUGCACAACUGGAGUGGAAUGAUGGCGCUGAGAUGGUUUUUAGGCAUGGCCGAAUCUGCCUUCUUCCCACUGGUCAUUUACUACUUGACCACAUUCUACCGACGUGGUGAACUCGCUCGGCGCCUCGCCAUCUUCUAUGCAGCGUCGAACAUUGCCAACGCAUUCUCUGGCCUGCUCGCUUUCGGUGUUUUCCAAAUCAAGUCAAGCCUCGACUCAUGGCGAUUCCUGUUCAUCAUUGAGGGAUCUCUCACCGUUUGCUUCUCCUUCUUCGCCUACUGGUAUCUCCCCAAAAACUCAUACGAAGCCAGUUUCCUCACCGAGGCUGAGAAGAAGCUUGCCUACGCCCGUAUCCAGGUCGAUAGUUCCGCAGUCGUCAAUGAGAAGUUCAACCUCAGGGAUUCCCUCGCCAUCUUCAAGAUGCCUGCCACAUACGGUUUCCUCGCCAUCGAAGUCUGCCUCGGAGUCCCCCUGCAGUCCGUCUCGCUCUUCCUUCCGCAAAUUGUCCAGCGCCUCGGAUACAACAAAGUCAAGACGAACCUCUACACGGUUGCGCCUAACGUCGUGGGUGCUGUUGUACUGCUCAUUCUGGCUUUUGCGUCCGAUUAUACCAGACUUCGAUUUCCGUUCAUCGCGCUCGGUUUCCUUCUGACGUUCGUCGGGUUCGUUAUUUACGCUACAAUCGACGUAGCAAACUCUCUCACCGUUGCGUAUUUCGCCUGCUUCAUGAUGACUUGGGGCACAUCCGCACCGUCUGUUCUUCUCUCUACAUGGUAUAACAACAACGUCGCGGAUGAGAAUCGCCGUGUCACGCUUACUUCCAUCGGAGUGCCUCUCGCAAAUUUGAUGGGCGUGGUCAGUUCGAACAUCUUCCGUACGCAAGAUGCGCCAAAAUACAUUCCCGCGUUGGCUACUACGGCGGCGUUUGGUGCGAUGGGUAGUUUGUGUGCGUUGCUGUUGGGUGUCUAUAUGACGAUUGACAACAAGAGGAGGAACAAGAAGCAGGGCGUCAACCUGACUGCAAGAGAUGUCAGUACGGAGAAGUUGAGGGAUGGGCCGAAGAACCCUGACUUUAGGUGGUUUUUAUGGUCCUAUCUUAUCGGACCGCGACAUCACCCAGCCUCACGCGCCUCACUCAAGUCACCCGUCACGGGAGCAGCUCGAAGCUGUCUACUCCAUCUGACUUCCACCAUCCUCCAAACAACAUCAACCUCCUCUUCGCUCAGCAUCGCGAAGCUCGAUAAGCCUGCGCGAGUCACACCGGCAGAGCGCGACUCACCCAUCAUGGCGGUCAAAGCUAUGGUUCCGGUCCUUGUGGGCAUGAUGUUGUUGACGGGUUGCUGCAACACUCUGUUGACCAAAUACCAAGACAUGCAAUGCGUAGGGAACUGCGACUCGCCGACGCCCAAAUACCGUAAACACUUCGAGCAACCCGUGCUUCAAACCCUGCAGAUGUUCAUAGGUGAAAUGGGCUGCUGGCUUGUCAUCGGCGCGUUCACACUGUGGCAACGCUAUGCCAGCCACAGGGCAGGCUAUGAAACUAUCCCCAACAACCCCAGUGGAGGUGACUCUGCUACACUGGGUUCGGAUGGUAGUGAUACGGCAGAGGUCGCGAACCCGUUGAAGCCUGCGCAUGCCGACGAUGAGGGUAGGAUACCACUGGAGGGCAAAAACAUCUUCUUGUUGGCAUUGCCAGCGUGUUGUGAUAUCGCGGGUACAACGCUUAUGAAUGUCGGACUGUUAUUUGUGGCAGCCAGUAUCUACCAGAUGACGAGAGGCGCGUUGGUUCUGUUCGUUGGACUCUUCAGUGUCUGGUUCUUGAAGCGCCAUCUUGGACUGUACAAGUGGUUCUCCCUCUUCGUUGUUGUAUUCGGUGUCGCAAUUGUCGGACUGGCAGGCGCAACCACCAAGGACGACAAGGCGACACCAUCACAUCAGUCUCUUCACGAGAUGACUGCGGACCCCAUCAAGUCGCAAGCCGUUAUGACUGUCAUCGGCAUUGCUCUCAUUGCAGGCGCGCAGAUCUUCACCGCAACACAGUUCGUGCUCGAGGAGAAGAUCAUGGCAAAGUACGCUAUGGAGCCCAUCAAGGUCGUUGGUUGGGAGGGCGUGUUCGGGUUCCUGGUAACGGCCAUAGGUAUGGUCAUCCUGCACUUGACCAUUGGCACCGGAUACUUCAACGCGAAGGAAGGUUUCUACCAGAUGACGCACUCCCGCGCCAUUGCCGUAUCUUCCAUCUUGAUUAUGAUAAGCAUCGGUGGCUUUAACUUCUUCGGUCUUUCUGUGACACGCACCGUUUCCGCUACCUCGCGCUCGACGAUCGAUACUUGCCGUACACUUUUUAUCUGGGUUUUCAGUCUGGGCCUUGGCUGGGAAACGUUCAAGUGGCUGCAGGUUGUGGGCUUUGCAGCACUGGUGUAUGGCACGUUUUUGUUCAAUGAUCUCAUUCAGCCGCCGCUUAAGGCGUGUGUGGAGAGGAAGCCUGAGCCGCUCUUGGUGGAGGACCCAAUCGAGCAUCACUGA